AUGAUAAGAUUGAGUUUGUUAUUUUUGUUGAUUAGUUCAAAUUUAGCUGAUACCUUAUCAAUAAAUGAAUAAUGUAAUUGUGAAUAAAUAAAGUCUAAAUCGGACUGUAGUUUAGGGAGUUGUUUGUGGAAAGAUGAAAAAUGUGUAAAAGAUAAAGAAGAAUAGACCAAUGAAACUGUUAGUGUUUAUUGUGAGUCUUUGGAUUUGACAAGUUGUUUAUCAUAAAAAGGGUGUGCAUGGAAUUUAGGUGUUUGUGAGCAAUUUAGUGGAUGUUCUGCAUAUAAUGGAAGUUCAAAUGAUGUCUGUUAAUAGAUAUCUUAAUAAUGCACAUCUGAUGGAACUUAAUGCAUAGACCCUUUAAAUUGUAUUGAUUAUAAUGAAUUGGUGCUUUGCAAUUCAAAUAUUAAUGCAUAAGGUCGUAGAUGUAAAUGGGAAGAAGAUAAAUGUCGAGAUUAAAAAUGCAUAGAAGCUAGUACAAUACUAAGUAGUGAUAAGGAAUGUAAUUAAUUUUAUCCAGGAUGUGUAACUAAUGGUAAAGGAUGUGUAGAAAAAAGAGAAGAAUGUUCAACAUAUGGUGAUAAUUGUGCAGGUAUGAUAGGUAGUGAUGGUAAUUGUGAAAAAACUAAUAGUGGUUGUAGUCCAAUUCUAUGUACAGCUGCUUCAACAGAUUUAACCACUAAUGAAUAAUGUGUUAAAUUUUAAUUAGGAUGUAUUACUACAGGAAGAGGAUGUUCAAAAAGUCCAUUGGGUAGUUGUAGUACCUAUACUGGUGAAGCCAGUAUCUGUUAAUAAAUGAUCGGAUCAGAAGGGAAAUGCGACAGUGGUGUAUCUAAUUAAUGUCAAGAAAGAAAAUGUGAGAAUGCUAAUAAAAGUAAUAAUACUGAUGAAUUGUGCCAGUAAUAUCUAGUCACUUGUAUUACAAAUGGUAGAGGAUGUGUCACUUAAUUGAAAUUAUGUAAUACAUAUAUUGGAACAGCUGAUGAAUGUAAUAAUUAUAUUGGAAGUGAUGGAAAGUGUACGCUUGGUACAAAUGGCUGUAAAGUAAGAGUUUGUACUGAUGCACCUGAUACAUUAAAGACAGAUGCUGAUUGUAAAGAUUAUUAAUAUGGAUGUGUAACUACUGGUGUUGGAUGUAUUAGUAAUCGAUAAUCUUGUUCUUCUUACAGUGGAACAGCAACUAGCUGUCAAAAAUUUAUAGGAACAGAAGGAAAUUGUUAGGGUGUUGGAGAUACAGUAGCAGCUUGUAAAGCUUAAGUUUGUUCGAAUGCUCCAGAAACAUACACAAGUCAUGAAUAAUGUUCUGGGUUUUAGUCAGGAUGUUUAACAAAUGGUAAAGGUUGUGUAGAGAAAACAGUAUGCACAUCAACAGUAGCAGAAAUAAGUUGUAUAGGUACAAACAAUUGUUUAUGGAAUUAAAUUUGUGUUACAAAAACGAGUUGUUAAUAUUAUAAUACAAUAAGUUUAUGUAAUAAUAAUAAUGCAGAUGGAGUUAUUUGCUAAUGGGCAAAUGGUGUAUGUAGAUAGAGAUAUUGUAGUGAUGCACCAAUCAUAUAUACAAAAGAUGAGGAAUGCAAUAAUUUUUUAGUGAAUUGUGUAACAAAUUCUAAAGGUUGCAUAUCAAUAUUGGCUGCAUGUAAUUAAUAUACUGGGACAAAAGAUACUUGUAUAAAUUUUAGAGGAAAUGGAAUAAAAUGUACAAGUACAAGUAUUAGUAAUGCUGCAUGCAGUGAUGUAACAUGUGUAAGCAAUACUACAGCUACAAGUCAGAUUGAGUGUGAUGAUCAUAUGAAUGGAUGUAAAUUUUAAGGUCUUAAUGGAUGCAUUGAUAGUUCUACUGAAUGUAAUAAAUAUUUUGGAAACCAGGAAAAUUGUAGAACUUACAAUGGAGUAAAUGGGACAAUAAAAUGUUAUUAAGAUAAUGGAGUAACAUCAAGUUGUAGAAAUCUAUAAUGUAGUGAUAACACGACAGCUACAGAUAAUAUUCAAUGUAAUUAAUUUCUUAGUAAUUGUGUAAGUAAAGGAAUAGGAUGUAUCAGUUAAAGUGAACCAUGUACAUCUUAUCCAGGCAAUAGUACUACAGAUUGUUAAGAAUUCAAGGGAAAUAAUAAAAGGUGUUGGUGGAUAGGUGGUUCUUUUUGUGUUGAUAAAUAAUGUUCUUAAGAUAGCACUUCUACUAAUGAUUAAGCUUGUAAUCAAUUUUUAGCAGGUUGUGUUACUAAAGGUAUUGGUUGUAUUGAGAAAACUGAAUUAUGCACAGCCUAUUAAGGAAAUGAAGAUUAAUGUUAAAUAUUUAAAGGAAAUGAAUAACCAUGUGUUCGUAAAAAUAAUUGUAUGAAUAGAAGAUGUUCUGAUGUUAUUAAUCCAACUAAUUAAGAUAAUUGCAGUAGUUAUUUAUCAACAUGUAGAUUUAAUGGAUCAAUUUGUAUAGAUGCAGAAGUAUCUUGUACAUCCUAUUUAAAUUUGAGUUAUACUAUAUGUCAAAAGAUUACUACAUUAUCUGGUGGAUUAUGUUUUUUAGGUAGUGGAACUGGAACUUGUUUAGUUAGAACUUGUGCUUAAAAAGGACCAGCAAAUAAUUAAAAUGAAUGUGAUUAAUUUCUGAUCGGUUGUGUAUUUAGUGGAGCUAGUUGUGUUGAAAAAUAAGCAACUUGUGAUCUUUAUACUAAUUUUACGUCAUUGGCAUGUAGAAGUGCUAUGACUACUACUAAUACGAUUUGUUGGAAUAAAUCAACUACAAAUGAUAGUUGUUAAGCUAGAACAUGUUCUGCACUUACAAAUGAUUUGAUACAACCUUAUUCGUUUUCAGAUGAAUUUUGUUAUCUAUAUCUAGUAUCAUGUAGAUAUAAUGGUACUGCUUGUGUUAAUGUAUAAGAUGCUUGUACUUCAUAUACUCCUUUUUCUAUCUCUGCUUGUAAGUCAGUUAUUACUUCUGCAUAAGAAAAAUGUUGGUAAGAAGAUGUCAAUUCUGUUACUUGUCAAGUUAGAGCAUGUAGUAAUACCGUUGCAUCCCCGAAUUUAAUUAAUUGUGCUGCACAUAAAUCUUCUUGUAGAUAUAAUGGUACAUCAUGUACGGAUUCAUAAACUGCAUGUAAUUUAUAUACAUCCUUCACUUAAAAUGCUUGCAGAGAAACUACAUUAACCGAUGGAACCACAUAAUGUUGGAAAACUUCAACUGAUGCUGGAACUUGUGAAAAUAGACUAUGUUCAAAUGUUUUAACUUCAUAUAGCAAUACUAAGUGUAUUGAACAUAUCUCUACUUGCAGAUUUAAUGGAACCUAAUGUGUAGAUUAAAGAAAUGAUUGUUCACUUUAUACAGGAUUCUCUUCAGAAGCAUGUAAAUAAGUAACUACCAGUUCUGGUGGAUUUUGUUGGAUUCCAAUUAGUGUAUCAUAACAAUGUACAACAAGAGUAUGUAGUAAUUCGAUUGAAAAUGCUAGUGCUUAGACAUGUUUAUAACAUUUAUCUAGUUGUAGAUUCAAUGGUUAAAUUUGUGUUGAUAACUUAGAUAGCUGUACAUCAUAUGCAAGUUUUACUUAAGAUGCUUGUUAAAAUACUACAACUUCAUCUGGAGAGAAGUGUUGGAAAUCUUCAUCUUCAGUUGGAGCUUGUGAAAGCAGGAAUUGUUCAAAUAAUGUUAUAAAUCCUAAUUAUACUACAUGUGGAAAUCAUUUAUCAACUUGUACAUUUGAUGGUGUCAGUUGUUUUACUAUGUAAGAUACUUGUUCUUAAUAUACAAAUAUUUCUGCAUCAUAAUGUUAAAAUGUAAGAACAACUUCUGGAGGUAGAUGUUGGUUAGCAUAUGGUUAAGGUACAUGUAUAGUUAGAUAAUGUAUUCAUAAUACAAUAGCAAUGACAGAUUAAGAAUGUGAUGUAUUUUUAAGUGGAUGUAGAACUUCUGGUAAAGGAUGUGUUGAUUCCACAGUUACUUGUUCAUAAUAUAUUGGAACAACAUCAAGUUGUCUUUCUUUUGUUGGAAAUUCAAUAAAAUGUAAAGGUGCAGAUUCAAGUGGUUCAUGCACAGUUAAAAAUUGUUAUGAUAACAUGGAUGGUAUAAAUGAUGUUCAAUGUAAUACAUUUAUGAAUGGAUGUGUAACUAGAGGUAAAGGAUGUAUAGCUAAAACAGAACCAUGUACAAGUUAUAUUGGUAAUUAAUCUACUUGUUCGUUAUUCACAGGAAAUUCAAAAAAAUGUUGGAAUUCCAGUAAUGCAACUUCAACUUAAUAAUGUCGAGAUAGAUUAUGUUCAGAUGAUACAACAUCAAAUAGUGAUGAAUUAUGUUAAGAGUUUUAAGUAGGUUGUGUUACAAAAGGUAGAGGAUGUAUUGAUGCAACAGCCAAAUGUACUUAAUAUAUAGGUACACAAGGUGAAUGUAAAAUGUUUAAAGGAGAGAAUGGAACUAAAUAGUGUUGGAAUUUAAGUACAGCUACACCAUUAGUUGCUUGUGUUAAUAGAGUAUGUACUCAUAAUCUAAGUGCAAUCAAUGAUUAAGAAUGUGAUACUUUUCUUAAAGGAUGUAUUACUAAAGGAUAAGGUUGUGUAUCACCUUAACCUUGUUCUUCUUUUUAAGGAACUAUUAAAUCAUGUGCAAUGUUUUCAGCAACUGAUAAACCAUGUAAAGGUAUAAGUUCAACUACUAUUUAAUCUUGUGUUCCUGUAAAAUGCAAUGAAGCACCAAAUAAUUAUGAUACUGAUGAAUUAUGUAAUACAUUUAAAGAAGGAUGUGUUACUAAUGGUUUUGGUUGUGUUGAUGUUUUAUAAUGUGAAGAUGUCUAAACUGAAAAAGCUUGCAAAAGUAAAUCCACUUGUGUUUAUGUUGGAAAUUGCAGAGAUUUUUAAACUGAAUGUAGUGCUCUCAAAUCUCAAUCACUUUGUGUUAAUACUCCUGUUAGUACUGCUAUUGGUAUGUGUGCCUGGGAAGUCAAUCCUUUAACCAAUAUAGGACUUUGUAGAAAUUGGAAAUGUGAAGAUGCCUCAGAAAAUCUAGCAACUCAUUAAGAUUGUUAUCAAUUAUACAAAACUUGUACAACCAAAGGUAAAGGAUGCAUCUCUAUUGGCUCAUGUUCAUCAUAUGCCACAGCUGCUAUAUGUUCUGUUGCUAAAACUACUGAUCAAGGUGGUAGUUGUGUUUGGAAUCAAACCUACUGCAGAUAAUUAGAUUGUUCUGAUGCUAGUAAAUAACUAACUACCGAUACCAAAUGUCAAGAAUUUCUAAGCAAGUGUGUGACCAAUGGUAAAGGAUGUGUUAAUGUUUAAUACAAAUGUGAAGAAAUAUUAAUUAAAGAAAAAUGUACUCUUGAUUUUAAGGGUAAUACUUGUUUAUGGUUUUAAUCUUAAUGUAUAACAUAUACUAAAUGCACAGAUAUAAAUGGAAUCUCUUAUAAAUAAUGUAAUCAAUAUUCUAAAAAUUGUACAAGCAAUGGAAAUAAUUGUAUUGCAAUAGCACCAUGUAAUAAAUAUACAAAUCCAACUAGUUGUUAAACUGGUACUAAUGGAUAGUGUGGUUGGGUUGCUGCUACUUUAAAUAAAGCUGCCUAUUGUACUUAAUUCACUAAAUGUAGUGAUGGUACUGGAACAACAAAAGAACUUUGCUAACAAUUUUCAAUAUUGUGUAUCUCGGAUGGAAUUAGUUGUAUAGAGAAAACAACAUGUCAAGGUUAUCUUACAGAAAUAAGUUGUAUUUCUGGUGGAACAGAUGGAACUUGUUUUUGGGACAAUUAAGCAUGUAGAUAAAGAUAAUGUAAUGAUGCCACAGUAGCUACAGCAAUAGAAAUCACAAGUCACUCAAAAUGUAAUGCUUUUUAAGCUGUUACUGCAUGUACAACAGAUGGAACUAAAUGUGUUUAAAUGGGAUUAUGUAAUUCAUAUAAGGAAUAAGGAUGUUAUUUUGGUACAGAUGGAGAGUGUAUUUAUACAUUCCCAUCAGGUUAAGUUUAAGGUAAGAAAUCUUGCAGAUUAAAAGUCUGUUCUGAUUUCAAAGAUGUAACAUCAGAGAUGUGUAAAUUACGUAAUACUUAAUGUAUAUCUAAUGGAUAAAAUUGCAUAAAUAAAAGUUAAUGUUCAUCAUAUAAAACUAAAGUAGCCUGUAAUUCAGGUGGAAUAGAUGGAGUUUGUGUAUUUACACCAUCUAAAAACGAUCCUAAUAGUGGAGAUUGUGCUUUAAUGACCUCAUGUGAAUAGGCUAAUUUAGAUAUAAUAGCAUGUAAAUCCAAGUUUAAUACUUGUCAAUUUCUAGUUUCAUCAUAAAAUGGAGUCAAUUCAACUACUUGUAUUAAUCAUACAUGUGCAACUGUUGCAAAUGGAUCAGUUUGUAAACCUAUUUAUAGCUUUGAUGAAAAAUCCAUUACUAUUUGUGUAACAACACCAUCUGGUUGUGCUGUGGGUGAUUCUUCUAAAUUGGCAGCUUCAACUUGUUUUGAUUCUACUCUCAAAACAUAUACUUGGAAUAGUGCCACAAAUCUAUGUGAAAAAUGUAAUAAUGUUGUCAUACCAUCAAACAAUAUUACAAACAGUACAAAUAGUACAACAACAAACACUUUUGCAUAGAUUCUGUUUGUAUUUCCAUUAUUGAUUAUGUUCUAAUUAUGAUUAGUCCGCAG